UGUAAUGCUGUGACAAAGUAUGAGUGAUCUCCAUCCUACUCGUAUGACUAGGAUUAGCUCCAUAACUAUAAAUGUUCAUCUACAUUUAUACUUUAAUACUUAUUUUACACGUUGUUACCUAUUAUUAUAUUCUAAAGUAAGUUUAUUACAUCAACUUUUCUUUACUGUCUCAAAAAGAAUACACCAAUGGAAUGUUAGUCUGCUUUAUUAAAAAAGCAUGCUUAUAUUGUAGUGCCCUGGCUUUUUCUCUGUGCUGCUUUCUACAAAAUAAGUACUUCAUAAGUCUUAAUGAAUAGUUUCAACCGUCACUUAAGGUAAUUUGUGAGAGGUAUAAUCUCACGUUGUGUCAAUCUGGCACCUUGAUGAAUGAACUACUUCCAGAAAUAUUUGGCAAUGGGAAUAGUUUUUCAUUUCAAAGUAGGUUUUAUAUAGUACACAAGGUUGUAAUGAUUAGAUUUAACUGUAUUAAAUGGAUACUAACAAUAUUUUCAUUUCCUGCUUAAAUAUUAUUAAUAGUUGCAAUUGUACCAAGGUGAUUUGUUAAGUGUUCUUAAACUGUUUCCAAUAUAAAGUAACACACACUGGAAAACAGGUGGAAAUUGGAUUGUAAGACAAAACUGAAACGAUAACGUAAGUUCGUUUUAUGCAUCCCAGAAUUAAAACUUCGUGCAUUGCCAUUGUGCAUGUACAGUGUCUCUAAUCUGUUUGUGUAUAUGUUGCUAAGCAACCAGUGUUAUAAGCCUUGAGGUUUUUUAUUUUAUUAGAUCAAAUCAGGUUAGAUUUCCGCUAUAUUUGCAUCUCUAUUUAUAGUUUAUGGUUUAAAUCUUGAAUUCCUUUUAUGUAAUUUUUUGCAAAUUAAGAGAAUGCUUUCUUAGCAUUGACUGACAUCCCAAUUUUUUAGCUAACCUUUAUACUUAGUUAAUAAAGGAAUCUUUUCAACCAUUUUUGUCUUAAUAUUUUUAAUUGUCCACAACAUAAAGACAAAAUUAAAGAUGCUCAUUAAGUCAAUAAUUUAAUCAGUUAAGUAUUCUUGCUCUUACAUAAAUGAUAGGAUCCAUGGAAGCCACAUUAACUCUAACAUUUAUACAUCAAUAUCGAUGUGAUGAUGCUAUAGGGAUUGUGGCAUGUUUGUUUUUAAUGUUUUGUGUUUGAUGUCAUAAUAUUGUGCUUGCAACAAAACAUUUUUUUCAGCUGGAAUUGGUACAUGUUUUUUACAUUUAAAUAUUUGUCUAUAAAUGUAACAGUAUAGAUGUAUUUAAUUGUGUACUUUGUAAGAGGACUCCAUUCACAUGUCAUUUUUUCUUUGCAUAAGUUUACUUAACUUAAACAAUCCAUGCAUAUGUUCAGUCCUCCUGUUUAUGCAGUUAAACAACGUUAAUUCUAUUAGUAUUUUAAUGUUUCAUUUAACUGUCAAUGCGUUCACGUUUCUAUUAACAUUGUGUCAAAACCAUUUUUGUUUACAUAACAUUCUACUCAUGAAUUAAUUUCUCAUGACGUCCCUUCUUAUCUGUUUUAAGGUAAUUUUAUGUAGCUAUAUGUGCUUUUAAAUAGAUUAAGACAUGUUUAUUACGAUAUUGGAGUUAAUAAUUGCCUUGAAAGAAAAUUUUCAUUAUUAUAUGUUUAUUCAAGCUGUUUAGAAUCAUGUUUACUGUCUUUUAUUGUUUCAUAUGUUUAUAUUUGUAUUUCUUUUGAGUCUUGAUAGUAAGCUGUGAAGUACUUACAGCAAAAACCACAAGAUUGUAAAGAUAUUUUCAUGUAUAGUGUUUGAUGUUAUCUCUUUUUUGUACAUUUAGCGUGAAGAAUGUUUAGCAUUUACAAAUUGUUGUCCCUGUGUUUGGCGUGCCACUCGUUAGUGCUUGCAAAUUCUGGAACAACUCCACAUCUGAAGGAUGUUUUUAUUGGUAGAUGUUGGCAGUAUCAGUUUUUGGAAAGUCAAAAUAAAAUUGAUAUAUUAAAAACAAACUUAAACUGCACAAUGUUAUGGAUGAAAUUUUACAAUGCUUUUGCAUUUAAAGACCCGUGUGAUGUUACAGUGAAGAGUUACGAAACUCUUUUCAGUAUGUUUGACACUUCUAAAAAAAUUCCCAAUUCUUUGUUUUGGUCUGGAUCCAAAGGGCUAGUGGAUGAUUACACAUCUUUGAAUGAUGACUAUAUUUGUUUAGAGGAUACAAUAACAGGGUAUCUAUUUGAUGGUCUGCAAUGGUGCGGUUCCACGACUUCACCAGAUGGAUUGAAUUCAUCGUAUUGCCACUCCAGCAACAGCACAUGUAAUGCAAUGUAUCCCGUUUGGUUCCUUGCUUCAGCCAAGUUUGCUGAACGUGCGACUAAAAUAGCUCAUACUUUACUGAAUGCAUCAAGAAGUGAAAAUAGGCCGGCAUACUACGAAUCCAGUUUUUUCCGUACAGUUGAGAUGCCUCGUUUACAUGUGGAUAAGCUAAUUGUUCUAGUUGCUUCGAGUAUUGGUCAACCUGUUAGAGAGAGUUGCGAUUCACAAUCCAUACUUGAGCUAAAACAAGAUGCAAAGAAAAACAACAUAGCGAUGGAGUGCAUAGAUCAGCCCAAGUUAGUUUUGCAGAUAUUCUGUUUGAAAUACCCGAAGACGUCGCCAUGUUCAACAAAACCGCUAUAUGACAACGAUAAUAAAGAAGAGUUAAAGAAAUGGAAGGCGCUGGCUAUUGUUUUUUCUGUUAUUUGUGUCACUCUCCUUCUUGGUCUUGCUCUUUGGACUGUCUUUCAGUACUUUGGAAAAACAGGAAAUUCCCUCCAAGUAUCCCCAGUUGCCAGCAAUGUUGAACAAAACAGUAUCAUAGUGACGGCCGAAUCCACCAAAAGCGAUCUCAAUGACAACGAAAAUAAAAUUUGGAUUUGAAACUUGUAACACUACUAACCUCUUUAGUCCACUUAAAAUUCCUGCUUCUUUUUAAAAACAACAUCAUUCCCUUGUAAUACAAAAGGGCGGUCAAUCUUCCUAUGUCAAUUUGGUCGCAUUUCACGUCUGCUAUUUUUUUAAAUCAACACCAUUUUUGAUUUCAGUCUCAGUUGCUAAGGGCAAAUUUUUGGUUUCAGCCUCAACCACCAUUUGCUUUUUAUUUUUUUAAAGAACUGUUGUGUAAGUAACUUGUAGACCACCAAGUUCUAUCCCUCUUUUGUCUUACAAAAUUUUCAGCCUGACCAGUUGCUUACUAGUUCCCUAAGUUUUGACACAAUUCUCAGUCUUAGCCCUUAGCAACCCGUUUGGUCUUUAGUUUAUAUUUUUUAUUCAGUCCUGGAUAUUAGCUCAAAAGUAACGAUCCAAAAGUCUAUAUUAUAAUACCUGUAUACGUCUGUCUGUAAGGCAAAAUGGCGCUACCAUUUUGGCAAGGCAAGUAGCGAGACGCAUGUAAUGCAGUAUAAAAAGGACGGGCGAACCCGUGGAUUUUUCCACGGGCCGCCGACUAGUUUCCAGUGUUUUCACUGAUCACCUUAACUGAUUGCUUCAAAUAUGAUCCACUACAGAAUUUCUUACUAAUGUUACUAAUAACUUUCUGCAGGUUAUGGAAGUGGGCGUGUAUCGUACUAAUUGCCGUGGCUUUAAUUCUCUUAAUUAUAAUUGGUUCGUGCAUGGCUCAUAGCUUGAUUAAGAAAAAUCGAAACUUUAAAUACUUACAUAACUGGUCAUUCUCAAGGAAACCAAUGUUGACUACUGAGGAAUCUAUUGACCAAUCAGAUAAUAAUAACCAAGUUU